AAAGAUAUUGCUUAGCUAUGAAUCUUUUAUUUUUUAAUAAAUGUGGUGAUGUUGAAAUGAACUGAGAAACUGUAGCCGAUAAUUAAAAACAUAUAUUUUGCACACAUUUGGAGCAAAGAUUUGAGGGAGAAAAAUGUUUGGUAGAAAAAUGCCAAGUGCUACAGAAAAAGCGUUUUUCACUGUUUUUGUUGUUGCCAGCAUCUUCUAUGUGCUCUAUGCUGUCAUGAUGGUACGUCGCUGGGAAUUCACAUUUCCUGUGGAUUACACCUCAAUAACCAAUUGCUCACGAUGUGGAUGCACAGCAAUGAAGAAGCAGCAUUACAUCAUUUUGGCAAUUCCUCGGAGUGGUUCAACUAUGCUUAAUGAUAUUAUAUGUCAGCAUCCAGAUAUUGGAUGCACUGACGAACCUCUACAUAUUGAAGAGUUGCUGCCAAGGGGCCUUAUGGGAGCCUCCUCAGAUAAUGUAAUGCAAUACCUGCUACAAUCGGUUCAUAAACUGGAUUGUAAUAAAGUUUAUGGGUUCAAAGUUUUCACAGACCAUUUAUACGAGGCUAAUAUACCACUCAAAGAUUUGAUCAGGAUAUUGAAUAAACCUAAAAUUAUUUUACUUACAGAAAAAAUAUAUUGGAGUCAUUUGUUUCAUUAAAAAUCAGUCUAAGGACAAAAAUUUGGAAUAUUCACUUGGAUAGCCUGAAAAAAAUUCCUCUCCCAACACCUCAAAAUGUCACCCUCGCUUUGGACGAAUAUGUUUACUGGACAAGUAAAAUUGAAAAGCGCUGGAAGGGGCCUCUUAAGGAGUUUGAUACAUACCCCAAUAAUAUGAAAACCAUGGUGACAUAUACGGACAUAACUGAAAACAGGGAUGUUAUUAUACCAAAACUUGUAGAGUUUUUAGGGUUCAAACCACAGUAUUUUAGUCCAAUGAAUAUUAAAUUGAAUCCAGCGCCGCUGGAAGAUAAAAUUGCAAAUUAUGGGGAGUUCAUGGCUCAGUUAGAGAAACACAAUGUUUCAAUGUAUCUAGAUGUAGCACAAAUGCUUCGAUCAAUUCAUAAAACAAAUGCUCGGAAACAUUGAAUUUGAAAAUAUACUUUGUCUCCACUGCAA